AUGGCACGCAUUGCCUUGGCUUUGAUAUUGGGCUUCCUGCUGAGAAGCAGCAGCGCCCAGAUCUUCGAAGAAGGAUACUUACCUUUGACAGAGUCUAACAUCACGGUUGUUGAUGGGGAGCAGGGGCUCGGCUCUCCAAUCUUGGAUGGAUCUGAUCUGUUUGAAAAUGCUAUCAGUAAACGGCAGGACUAUGCGGUCGAAUGUGCUGUCCAAUUGGCAAUACAUGUUGUCCCGGAUUUUGCUGUGAUCCUGCCCAUCCAGUAUGCCAGCCGAAUCGCUUUUGCUGCCCUCGUGCUCCGUCACGAACGAGUUGUCCGAGAGGAACAACGUGCUGCGGCAACGGCUGUUGCCGAAGUGGUUCAAAAUGUUUCAACGGGAACACUUGCUGUGCGCCCAAUGCUGUUGCAUGCAACGGGUGGUGGAUCGCAAUGCAGCGCCCAACGUGGAUACUGCCUGAAAGACGGUGCGACCAAAAGCGGCUCCAAGCCGAGCGAGACAAAGGGCGGCGGCACGCCAUCGAAGUCUCCCACGCAGAAGCCCACCAAAUCGUCGAGCAAACCCACAUUGACAAAACCAACAAAAACGAAACCGACUCUGACAAAGCCAACUUCCAAACCGACUAAGUCUACGAAACCAACGUCUCGGCCUUCGGACGAGCCUACGUUGACUGAGCCUGAGAAAUCGUCGACGAGUCGUGAGCAUUCAACUCAGACUAGACCAACCAAAUCCGACGAAACACCCUCGAAGACUACGGAAGAGCCGACAAAAUCCAACCCUUCGCGUACAUCAUCGGAGAGCAAACAAACUGGGACUAGAACGUUUCCAUCGAUAACAACGUCGGAUAGUUCAACAGGACAGGGUUCAUCAUUGUCAGUAACAGUAACUGAUGACCGGACUGAAACCCCUACAAGUACUGCUAGUGCUAUCCCUACGCUUAUCUUUAACUGGGCUCGUGACCUCACAGAUGAUCUUGUUGAGAAUAUGUGUCUAGAAGCCAGAACCGUCAGCAGACACAAUGUAAAGGUGGAGAUUGUUGCAAAGACAAAGUCGCAUGGCGCAAAUAAAGGAUUCCCACUUUCCUGCGAUGAAUACCCGUUUUCUUCAACGGUUGAAGGUGGUCCACAUGCACAUGUUGGAUGUAUUGUGGCCUUCCAGAAUGGUGCACAGGGUGAUUACCUUAAAGCUUUCUACCGAGAUUAUAAAUUGAAGAAAGGUGAUAAGUAUUAUAUGAAAAUCACAGGUAUUGACUGCGAUGUGGUUCAUGAAGAUGAUAUUCCUAAGUGCAAUCGCUUUGGGAAGCGUGAUAUCCUCACAGAUUCAAAGGGGAUAUUCUAUCCACCAGAUGCAGCCCGAAACACCGGAAGACUUGUGAUCGCUCUAGGGGAUGUGGAAGCUGGAUCGCAUCGCGUCAUGGUAUCUUUUCCGAAGAAUUCACAAAUUACAAAUGUUUUUGUGAUAAACAACCAAGGUUAUGAAUAUGCAGCGUCUUCGAAGCCAAUAUCCGAGACAACUUAUCAGCUUUCCUUUCAUUCAGACGAGGCCAUAUACGGUGCCUCUUUCAUUGCAGAAACAGAGGAUUCUCACCUCGUUGCCUCUUCGUGGAAACACGAAAGGGUCCCUGCACCCUCCACAGCUUCCCGACCUCCCAGCACUACGACGGUUACGACCACAGUUGAUGGAACCACUCUCACUACAACUUACUGCCCCGAAACUACUGUUACCAGAAUUCCUACACCGAGUGAGACCGUGAUCACUACUAUUAUUGAAGGAAGCACGGUUACAACAACUGUGUGCCCCGAAACUGAAAUAAACCAGACGGAAGCCGAGACAGCCCAGCCUUCAUCGAAACAGACGAGCACACCCAGCGCCCCAGGAGAUCCACCAAAGGACCUCCCUCAUAAUCCUCCUGAAGACCUGCCCGAGCCUCCGCCAGAGCAAUCCUAUACGCAACCGCCUCUAGAAUCCAAUGGGCCAGAAAACCCGCCUGAAACGCCCCCAUCACCUACAGCACCUAGAACGCCACCUGUUUCUCCACCAGGCGAUGAGCCAGAGGUUCCUGAAGGACCUGCAACGAGCGCUUCGGUCGAACCGCCCGCAGGCGACCAGUCAACUUCGCCGCCAAUUGCGAUUCAGACGACUAACGCAGGGAGGAUUUUGACACUGAAGAGAUGGCUCAAUGGCGUAGUUUGCGUAUUGGUUCCCUUCUUCGUGAUGUGACGAUCUUGGCAGCUCCGUUGAAUGUAAAUCCACUUCACAUGCCUUCCUAUACCUUUGAAUUAGCUCGUUAAUUAACUAGUAAUGAUCCCGUGAUUGGAGUUAAUCGCCAGUUCAAAUCUGAAUCACGAUCAGCAGGCAGCCAUUUGACCUUGAACUCCGUAUAACCACACAUAUAAAGAAUCAGGGAAGGCGACGACAGUCUCGGAGAAUUUGUCCCUACAGCUCCCCAAUAAGUAGUUAAUUAAUGACCAUCACCGUCAAAGCUUCGCCCCGAAUGUUCCUGGGCACCAAAGUGAGCCAUCAUCGAUGCCCCUCGGAACAUCUAUAAACGCU